AGAAUGCAGCGUUAUGAGUCUGCUGAGGAACGAGUCAGUUUGUCUGUGCAGCUGCGAGGUGAUUCGAUGAGGAGAUGCCGUCUGGCUGCUGGAUCACCGUGUGGCUGCUGCUGCUGCUGUCAGCUGUAACUCAGGCGGAGAGUGGAGAUGGAGGCACUGACAGGGAGCCCAGACUCAGCUGCACCUCUGACAUCAUGACAAAGCAAAGCAGUCUGACCUGUAAACUGGUCGGAGUCGUCAGGAACUACAAUGAGGAUGAUGAAGAUAAUGAGGCAGAUGACAUAGAAAAGAUGACAGUGUGUUACACUGACUGGAGUGAAUCAGAUAAGAAAACAAAGUGUGUGGAGGAUUCUGGGGACACAGUCAGCUCCCAAAAUCUGAAUCCUGUGAAUCAUUUCAAUGUGACGGCCCACUUAAAGAGAGGAGGCAAGGUUACAGCAAUGAUCGACCUGAAGAAAAUAGUUAAACCAAGAAGUCCUCAGGUGUGGAACGUUACUUUCAACCAGGAGUCUAACCAGGCUGUCAUUUAUAUUCGGACUCCGUACUACAGAGAAUUCCUGAAAAAAGAAAAUCAACUCUUCCAGCUGCACAUCUGGACUGCAGGCAGCACAAUGAUUCAAAACAUCUCAUCAUUAGAGAUGAGGAUUGACAUGGAGCACCUCCAACAGAACACAGAGUAUCAUGUUAAAGUACGAGCGAUACCGCAGUUGUUCCUGGCGGGUACCUGGAGUGACUGGAGUGAAACAUUCAGUUUCUUUACACCCGCUGGGGAAAAAGUCCAAAAAGAGACAGAUGAAAGGCAGGAGACGUACACACUGAUUGUGUGUCUUGUCCUUGUUGUUGUGCUGACUUUCAGUGUUGUUUUCUUCUGGAAAAACAAAAUAUUUACCUAUAUGUGGCCAAGCAUCCCACACCCCAAACACACACUGGUGCAGAUCUGCAAACCAAAUAAAGGUCUCCUAUUGAACUUUAAACCUGAGGUGUUCAGUGCCCUUAAAGUUUACCCAAUGGAGAAAACUGAGGAGCAGCCAUGUGACGAAACAGAGCCUUCAAUUGCUGCUAGUGCUCCUGCUGCUGAAAGCACACAGUCGAAUCAUGCCUGCUCCACACAAAGCUCUGACUGCUCCAGGAGCACCACCAGUGUCAGCACAGAGGAGCUGGAGUUGUCUGCCCUGCUGAGCAGAAGCUCCUCAGAUGGAGAAGACAGCCUCCAGAGCACCAGUCCAUCCCCCAUCAACGAUCUCCAGUUUGGAGAGACACCUCACGCACCUCAGCGUGCAUGCAGCAGUGAAGGAAAUGAGGCUGAGGUGUUUGGAGUGAGCCAGCAGGAGGAGGCCUAUGUCACCAUGUCCAGUUUCUAUCAGAUCAAGUAGAUCAGGAGGAGGUAGGAAUAUAGGACCAGGAUCUUUAUCAAACUUCUGAGAAUUACACUUCAGGAUGCUCAAAAUCAGUGGUUCCCAACCUGGAAGUCAUAAUAAUAAAUUAAAAUCUGAGGGGCCACAAAAUGAUUAGUCCACCAAUUUAGUCCAUACUGAAAUAUCUCAACUUUUGCUUUGCAUUUAGCUCAAAGCACCACUGUGUCUAGUACAGUCUUACAGAGAUGCUAGCAUGGCUGUACAAUGCUGGACAUUUCCACCCUUUCAGGCCUUUAAAUAUCUUUCAAAACAAACAAUCUCAGAGGGGGAAAAUAAUCAGUUUUUAGUUGAACUGCUCACAGGUCAAAUUCACACCAGGACCAUAACCUGUGAUCAGUGAUUACAAAUGAAUAUUGCUCAAUUUGGAAAAAAAGGUUGGGACCAUUGACCUAAAGAACUUACUGAGGAUUAAAAAAUGUUCUUCUCUAAAAGUGAAGUAUAAGACACAUUUAUCAAGAGACUUACUCUUACAUAUGAGAAGAAGUGACCAAAGGAUUUAUCACAUGCACAAUCAGAACAUGAACAGCCAAUUAUAGACAAAGAUUUACAUUGCAUAAUUUGUCAAGGCUAAAACACACCGGUGUCAAACGACGUAUGUCAACUGCCCCUACUAUUUUCUGUCUUUAACCUCCACAUCAUGGAGCCCUGUGUUGUUUCAUGACCACUGUCCUAUUUCUAGCAUCACUGUGCCUAAAAUGAUUCAUUAUAAUGGCAAAAAAGACAAAACCUGUCGAACCAGAGCUCUGGAGAUUGGCUCUUCAAGUGAGUUUAAAUGUCUAGGUAGACAUUUUGUAUGGUACAAUCAAUAGUAGAAAAAAAACCAGAAAGGUGGCUUUCACAGUUGAAAAGGUUCAGGUUUCAUCCCGCUAAAUGAGAAGACUGCCACCUGCUGUUGUUAAUGUCUGCAGCGUGGCACUUCCUGUCUGUGCUAGCGACAACCCUCAAUUCGCCACAGAGCCGGUAUGUUUUAAGUGUGUUAUUUUUUUAAAGUUAAUUUUAAAUGACCACCUUAAUAUCUCCAGUAGCAAUUUAAGGGGUCACUUCCUUUAUGUUGACCAACUUGUGAUAGAGUUUUUAAAAAGAAUGGUCAAAGUCUAUGCAGCAGAAAUUUGAUAAAUAGCUUUUAUUAUUACAUUUGCGAGUAAAAGUGAAGGAUUUUUUUACUUUUCUCUUUCACUUGACUCCAACAUGUAACUUGUAGCAGUUUUAUAAAUGUUGCCUAUUAACCCAGAGGUAUUUAAAUGUAGCUUUUAUGUAUUUUGUUGUUUUGAUGCCGUAUGAUUAUAUCAAAUAUAUGUUUAUAAUAUCGUCUACAUUUUAUACUGACAUACCUCCUACAGUCAUCUGCUUGUCCAGAGAUGGUUGUUAGAGGAACCUUAGAAGCCUGUACCAGUGUUUCUGUAUGUUUUACUACAAAUCACAGAAUACCACUUCCAGAACAUACUACAGCCCAGAACUGGUUAAAGGAUCAGUUUAUUUUUUAGCUGGGCUUGGUGUUCACUAUAUUGAGUUACAUAUUUCAAGAAAGUCCUUUAAGUUUCAAACCAUAGAUUCUGUUGGCUGCCUGAACUUCCAUUUUGCUUUGGAUUAAUACAGAUGGGUGACAAAUCUCUAAAUCUUAAUCUAAAGUGUGUUAGUGAGGUGUUUGUCCACCACAAGUUUCCAAAACUGCUUCAGUUCUCCGUUAAUAGAUCUUUUAAGUAUCUAGAACUUGAAGGAUAAACUCCAUUCUUCUGAAAGAUAUUAUCUCGUUUGGUGUCAAUGAUGGUGGUGGAGAGUGCUAUCUAAUGCACCACUCCAGAAUAGUUGUUCAACCGCCCAAAGGAUCUUUAGAACCCCCUCAUGAAACUCAAAACUACCUAAAGAAAUCUGUGUAACCUCCAAAUGACCAGCAGUAUCGCAUAAAGCACCAUAACAACCACAGAACAAACCAAAAGGAUGAGUAGAACCUCCUAAAUGUCAACCAGAAUCCCUUAAUAACCACAAGAACAACCCAAUAAGUACUAGAACCUCUUAAAUGACCACUAGAACCACCUUAAAGAUCUCACAACUAACAACUAGGACCACCUAAAUUAUCCCUAGUAUCUCCUAAUUGACCACUAGAACCCCUUAAAUGAUUUAUACAACCACAACACAACAACUACCUAGCGAUCUAGAAUCACUGAAUGGACACCUAGAUCCUCUCGUGUCCUGUAUGGAAACGUACAUUCAGUGUGUUUAAUAUAUUCAGGUUUUCCCUUUAAUUUGUCACCUGUCUGUAUAAAGAUUUACUACAAUUCUUAAUUCUUCUUCAAACAUACAAAAACACCAGUGAGGUCCUUUAAAAGAAAGCUGCUCAUAUCUGCACUUAAACUGUUAAAUAACUAAUAUCCUGCUGUGGGACAGGCUCUCCUCAUUGUUCAAAAGCACUCAGUCCACAUUCCUCAGACCAGCAGCACUGAACCACAGUCAUUAUGAUCAUAGCGUUGCUGCAGCAACCUGACCGACUCUUUCUGUUAGUGGAGACGUCAAACACACAAUGCUGCUUCUAAAUAUAUCUGACACAACUUACAC